AUGGCUGAAGCGCCAAUCAGGACUUUGACUGACGAGGAGCCGAGUGCAGAAAAGAUUCCCGCUAUUGAAAUUAUCGAUUUACCUCCGAUACCCCCUAUUGCUAGGACAUCAACCGGCACGCUGGAUGAUGAGACCCUGUACUGCAAGUUCCUCUCCGGUGACAUGACAUUCGAGGACCUGAUGAAGGAACUCCACACCAAAACAAGUGCGCCUUUAGUUGUCACCAAAGAGGAGAAGCCAGCCAGACGUCGUGGAAGACCUCCAAAGCCCCGAAAACUGCCGUCUGACUUUGAGUCCGACAGAGAGGAAGCGGGGGGUUCUCAAUUCGAGCCUCGUUAG